AUGUCGACGCCACCCACUCGAAUGGACCGCCAGAACGACUUCGGCCACGCUCACCUACCCAAGGAUCUCUGCAUAGUUCAUGCCCACAACAUCACAAAUGCUGUUCAACAUGCCGGUGAAUUUACCGUUGCUCUUCUUGCAGGCAAGCCCCCGACCCUGGCCACCCAGAAUAUCACACAGGACAACCUCUUCGACGUACGCCAUAUAUGGUGGAACCGCCAGUAUCUACUUACCCGUCCCAGUGACUUUGGUGCUCGGUCUCAGUUGAAGCAGCAUCCGCUCGUUUUCGAUGCCAAGGAAACCUUCCUGGCUUGGAAGGUACUUAGCCUUUUUUACAUCCAACUGCGCAAGAAUCCCAAGUUCUCUGUCAAGUCUACCCAGAACAACAAGGCGGUUCCACCACAGUUGAUCAGCACUGCCACUUCGACCCGUGUGGUUCCUAUCGUGCCUACCUCUGAGGAUACUAGAAUCUCUGCUCUUGAGAACGUCUUAGCUGCCUUCAACCCAUUGGCGCAGGAUGAAGCAGACUUGGACAAUCCGGCCACCCUCGAUGCCACCCCGGUGGCAGCAAUCCCGGACACCAAGUACAAUAAGCUGGUUCUGGAACUCGGUACCUCCCUGGAUCGUCCUGCCACCGCCCAGGAUAAUGAUACCUCUGAUUUGUUAGAACUCAAGGCUAAUCUCAAAAAGUCCUAG